CCAUAACAAGCCCUUCGAUAGCAUCAAAGAAUGACUCAGGUGCUGAUCUGUCGACCAAGAGCAAUGAUGGCGCAUCGGAAGAGGGAGAAAGUGCAACCCUGCCUACCUCAAACGGGAAAUCUGAAGAAGGCAGUCAUUCCUCAAGCUUUCCAGCAAGUUUGAGCUCUACCUUUGAGAGUAUGGCAGGGUACACGACAUCAAACAGCCCCCCAAUGAUGACCAACCCUCUAAUGCCUCUCAUGUCUGAUCAGUUCAAGGCUAAGUUCCCAUUUGGGGGCAUUCUGGAUCCCCUCCAAGGUUCAGAGACCUCAAAGCUACAACAGCUCGUGGAGAACAUUGACAGAAAAGUGACGGACCCAAAUGAAUGUGUCAUCUGCCACCGUAUACUCAGCUGUCAGAGCGCUCUGAAAAUGCAUUACCGCACUCACACCGGGGAAAGGCCAUUCAAGUGUAAAGUCUGUGGCAGGGCGUUCACCACAAAGGGUAAUCUGAAAACUCACUACAGUGUCCAUAGGGCCAUGCCUCCUCUGAGAGUCCAGCACUCCUGCCCAAUUUGUCAGAAGAAGUUCACUAACGCUGUGGUUCUGCAACAGCACAUUCGCAUGCACAUGGGGGGGCAGAUCCCAAACACCCCGCUGCCCGACAGCUACCCAGAGUCCAUGGUCUCUGACACAGGCUCUUUCGAGGAGGCCAACUUUGAUGACCUCGACACCUUCUCAGAUGACAUUGAAGGCAUGGAGGAGGGCCUCGACGGCAGUGUGCCGGACACACCCAGGUCUGCCGAUGCCUUCCACGACAGCCUGUGCAACUCCCCGACUCCUCCUGAUAUGACUCUCCAAGACGUGCAAGACAGGGCCAGAGAGGAGCAUCAUGGGAUCAUCCACCAGAAUAACGAAACCGACGAACAUCAUAUGAGCCGUAUGAGGGCAAUGUUGAACGGUUCGAUGGAAGUAGAUUGCCUCACCAAUGACUCUUCAUCUCUGGGAGGGGAUGGUGAAAGUCGAAGCCCUGGGAGUCCAGCCGUGUCAGAAACUACCUCCUCCAUGCAGGCCCCAUCCCCCACAAAUGGGCAGCCAGAACAGCGUAAAUCCCCCAGCUUGGAAGAGAGGCACCAGAGGGCCUUAUCCCUGGAGCACAUUAGUGCGAGUCUCAUGCACUCUCACCCUUCCAGCAUAGGAGCACUAGACCUCACAUCUGUCAAUCCUUUGAAAGAACCACUGGGCAUGAUGUUCCCCUUCCGUGAGCGGAGCACCAUCAGAAACACAGCCUGUGACAUCUGUGGGAAGACAUUUGCUUGUCAGAGUGCCUUGGAUAUCCACUAUCGAAGCCAUACCAAAGAACGACCAUUCAUUUGCACGGCUUGUAAUCGAGGUUUCUCAACCAAAGGCAACUUGAAGCAGCAUAUGCUCACGCAUCAGAUGAGGGACUUGCCCUCCCAGCUUUUCGAGCCCUCCACUACCAGCAUCUGCUCCAGCCCCACUCCCUCCUUCCUCUCCGUGAGCUCCUUCAUCAAGCCGGAGGUCAACGGGUUCUUCAGCAGCUUCCACCCGGAGAUCAGGGAGAUGCCCCCCGGCCUGGUCACCUCCUCGGCCUCCACCUCUCCUGUGCUCUCCAACGCCCCGCCGCGUCGGACUCCCAAGCAGCACUACUGCAACACCUGUGGGAAGACCUUCUCCUCGUCCAGCGCCCUCCAGAUCCAUGAGAGAACUCACACCGGGGAGAAGCCAUUCGCCUGCUCCAUCUGCGGCCGGGCCUUCACCACCAAAGGCAACCUGAAGGUUCACAUGGGUACACACAUGUGGAACAGCGCCCCGGCCAGACGGGGCCGUAGGCUCUCGGUCGACGGCCCCAUGGCCUUCCUGGGGACCAACCCCAUCAAGUUCCCGGAGAUCUUCCAGAAGGACAUGCCUUCGAGGCUCAGCAACGGAGACCCCACCAGCUUCUGGAACCAGUACGCCGCCGCCUUCUCCAGCGGCCUGGCCAUGAAGGCCAACGAGAUCUCGGUGAUCCAGAGCGGAGGCGUGCCGUCCAUGUCCGGCAGCCUGGGGAACGGGGGCAGCUCCCCCAUCGGGGGGCUGACGGGCAGCCUGGACAAGCUGCACGGGGCGGGCCCCAACACCGCUCUGGCCGGCCUGGAAAAGAUGGCCAACACGGAGAACGGGACCCACUUCCGGUUCACCCGCUUCAUGGAGGACAAUAAAGAGAUUGCCACUAACUAGGGGGGGGGGGGGGGGGGGGGGGGGGGGGCGCUGACUGUCGCUCGCUCGUGCGUGGACGGAGGACGGAGGCCCUGCGGUCGUACUGUACACGUAGAGAGAGGAGGGCGACAACAGGCAAGGACAAACACGAGAAAAAAUGAACUGAUGGGAAGUGCUUUGGCUUGCCGUCGAAAACUUUACGGACAGUUGUGAAGACAAGUAACUUUUUUUGUACAAUGUACAACAUGUAAAAGUUUUAAUGAGCUUAUUUAUUAGUGAUAAUAACCUUGCUUGAAACCAAGUGGAAGCAUUAACAGUUCGUUUUCUUUGUUUAAAAGCCAGAAUGGGUAUUCGAGUGCUUAAAAAAUGUGCUUUUGAAACUAUCUGAGUAGAUAACCUUAACUCGGCAUUAAGUUAUUUUCCGUCUGUAUUAGAUAUAACAAAACUGUCAAUGUUCAUGUGAUGCUUUAGCUGUGUAAUAAGCAAAAAGCCUGGCUGUAAAUAUUUGUACACUGAUUUCUUCUAGACGGUUUAACAUAUGUGUAUUCAUGUCAACCUAUAGAAAAAACAUCAAAAACAAAACAACGGAACUUCGAACGCUAUUUACUUUUUAUUUUAUUUAAGGAAGAAGAAAAGACAUACGUGUUUGCUGCAUUCCUAGGGCCUCUUUAGUGUUAACCUGUUAUUUUCGUUUCCCUUGUUUCUGUCCCUUGUACUUUUUACUUUUUUGUUUACUUCCACCGUUAACAUUUCUUUCUGUAUCUUAUUGUUUUUCGUUGUGUUAAGUUGUGCGGUUGAGAGCGAAAUCGUUUGCAAAAGAGGGGACCCUAGGACACACGACGCCACUCGUACGGGCAGGGCGAUGCUUCAGGGCCCCGACUGGAUCUCCACAUUGCUGCUAUGUCUUAGCAUUCGCAUUGACAUCAGAUGCAACGCUACACACACACACACACACACACACACACACACACACACACACACACACACACACACACACACACACACACACACACACACACACACACACACACACAUAUACACACUCACACACGCACGCACAC